AUGUCGCAGAUAUGGAGACUUGAAGGCUGGGUCCGGUUCAAGGACCUGAAUGAACAAUGCUUCCUUAUAGAGUUCCAGAGUAAAAAAGACAAAGAAAAGAUACUUAGUGGUAGGCCAUGGUGUUUUGACAGGAAUUUAUUAACUCUCCAAGAGGUGGAUGAAUCGAUGUCCAUUAACGCUGUUAACUUCCAGUAUGAGCCAUUCUGGGUUCAAUGCUAUAACGUUCCCUUGGCUGCUAUGAAUGAGAAGAUAGGGGAGAAGAUUGGGAAGUGUCUCGGACAUGUUAUCAGAGUAGAUGUUGACUCUGAUGGUUCUGCGUGGGGUCGUUGCCUUCGCAUCAGGGUGGCUGUAGACCUCCAUAAACCCCUCCUCCGAGGAAAAUGGUUAGGUUUUGAAAAUCAGAAACUCUGGAUUUCAUUUAAAUAUGAACGACUGUAG